AUGGAAAAACAGGAAAAUGAAGAAAUGAUGGAAACCUUUUGUACAAAAGAUUUCGAGUUUUCCUCUUUUUUAAUCAUGAUGGGAAAAAGGAAAAUAAAUGCCCAUAAAUCAUUACAUAACUUUCUUAUAAUCCCAGUAGCCUUUUCGAGACGAAACUUGAAACGUUUCGAUGUACGGCAGCCAAUGACUUGGCAAUCCCUUAAAAAUGCUACAAGGCAAACGGCAACAUUUCAAAAAAAGGGAGAACAAACAGCAAUAAAUCAAAUAAGAUCAGCGAUGAUAACCGAGAGAAGCAACAGAAGAAAAGAAAAUUUUCAUAAAUAUUGCAAAACGCAUGCCCGUUAUCACUUCAUAUUUGUUUCGGUUGGUAUCAAUGGAGCUGUUCAUUUUUAUCUCACUCGACAUCAUGUAAAAAAACCACCGGAAAGACUUUGA